CUCUGUUCUUGUCGCUGGGUGGCGAGUGUUGUAUGAUUAUUUUUUUCAGUCUGCUGAAAGCACUGGACCUAAGCCCAACGAACCCAAACUGACGAAAACAAACGCUAUUAAAAGUUAAGAUUUAAUUGUCUAGUAAUGAGUUGGUGCAGGCAUGUCUGAAGAAUCAACGUCUGCCCGAUCGCACUCAGAAGAUCUUUCUAGCAAUAAUUGUCGCUUACAAGAGGUGCUUAAGACGUGUGCUAACAUUCAGUCGCUGGAGUCACUGUAUCCAUGCCCUCCGCUAGACAACGACUUUAACGACGUGUACAUUUCGUCUACUACAGGGGAGAAGAUGAUCACUCCCAAUCCAUGUUCGUUCAGUGGACUUAUAUCGAACAGCAGCUGCGGCAGCGAAGAGACUUUUACGGACAUCGUGCUCGAGGAGGACAGCCGAAUCUCACUGGCCUACGAAAAUUUAUGUACCAUUCCACGAAGACUGGCAGACAAGUUUGCUGCGCAGACCAAAUUCCUCGAUCUCAGCCACAACAACUUUCAGAAUCUAAAAUUUCUUUCUUUUUUUGAAGAACUUCAUACGCUCAUUUUGGACCGCAAUAGCAAUCUAGAUGUCAACACAUUUCCCUACUUGCCCAACCUGAAAAUUUUGUGGAUAAACAACUGCGAUAUCUGCAAUAUAACCGACUGGAUUCAUCGCAUAGAGCGUCAAUGUACCUCAUUAGAACAACUUUCCUGCAUGGGGAAUCCUGGAAUUCAGACUGUGUUCAAAAACCAGGGCUCCGAGAUGCCUGCAGCCCAUGCCCGCGAAUACAUAUUUCAAGUGCUUCCUAAUCUGAUGUUCCUGGACGGUGUAUCACGGUAUGCGUCCAAUAAUGCAGAUCGCAACACGGACCACGUCAACCGAAAUCGUAAGGCUGAAGGUUCGUCUUCGUGUGCCUCUAUGAUAGGGCAGGGGCACGAAUCAACCAGUGCAUCUGAUAAGCCAUGUAGAGGCACAAAGUUCACGUCACCCACGAUCAGCUUUAAGGAAUUUUUUCGCCUUAAGCCGGCAAAAAAACCACAGAGCGGAGGUGGCUCCUCUUCAAACUGAAAUCUAUAGAAAAUAUUACCCUGACGAACGAGUCGUGCAGAUGUAGUGCCACUAAGAUAUGGUGUCUUGGGCUUUUAUUUAUAGUUCGGCUGGGUAACACACGCUUAUCAGUGCCGUUUACAAGCCUUUGCGAUGUCCAAGCUGGCAGUCUACUGCACCCGAUUACACCUACAGACAUUCAUAAUCUAUUUAUAUGCAUAUGUAUUAAUAUGUACAUACUAAGCUUUGUUUAUUGUAAUGGAUUUUAAUUGC